GUGGAAAAGCUCAUCAGUGAGAAACAAUAGCACACGAUCAUGAGUGCAUCAGUGCUAACAGGUUUACAGGCCAUGUCUCAUCCACAGUUUAUCUCUCAAGUAUCUUCAGGUAAUACGUUUUGUGCCCCACCCUCUCUUAGGACAGGUAUAUGUGUACACACGCGGGCUCACACACAGCAGACUUGCUUUCAUCGAGCUUUGGAAACUGUACACAGACGAAAAAUUGUCAGUUUGGGGCAGAAGACAGUGGAAAGUUGCUGACUUGAAGUGAACAUGGGAAACGAGCAAUCAACUCCGAAAAAACGGCAGAAGGCAAAUGCUGAGAAAAAAGUCCAAAAUGGAGAGCUGAAUGGACAUGCAGCAGCAGCUCCAGAAGAAACUGAACCUGAGACAAGCAAAGAAGCAGCAGUGGAGCAAAAGAGUGAAACCCCACCAGCCCCUGUCACAAAUCAACCAAAACCACCAGAAAAAGAGGAGGUAGACAGCAGCAAAGCCAAUGGACCCGCACAUCUGGAAACGACCCCUGAGCAAAAAACAACUAAAUCAUCAGAUGCUGAAACACACAAAAAAGCUGCAAAGCCCAGUGGAGAUGAGAUGUCUAGCUUCAUUGGUAAAAUGUUCAAAAAGAAAAGCGAACCUGUGAAACCUGCAGCAGAAAACAACGAUUCAGUGGACGCACCGGUCAAAGCAGUGGAUCUGAAAAUCGACAUGAAGCCUGAUAAAGUAUUAAUUAACGCAGACCAAAAGGAGAUUCUUGAUGAAGUCGCGGAGAAGAUCAAAUUGCAAUUGGUUGACUCCAUUCCUGUACAACCCAUAAGUUCAGGUUUUCUGACAAAGCACGUCCCGUUGGAGUCCUCAAACACAGAUGAGAUCCUUCCAGACCGGCCUGCUACACAAGAACCAGUAGCUGAAGAGCCAGUUAAAAGAAAAGCCAGGGAGUUACAUACAGGACAUCUAAAGUCUGAAGAGGAACUAUUGGUUGAUGCCCAGGCUGUAGAAGAUGAAGAACCUAAGACUGAGGAUGCUGAAAAGGCCUUGAAAGAAGACACAAAACUCAUACAACUUGUUGAAAGCAUAACGUCAGAAGAAAAGAAACAAUCAUGUGAGAACAACGUCGAUGUUGAGGAACCAGUCGUUGGAGCUGAAGAGCCAUUGCUGGUUGCUGAAGAAAUUGCAGACGAUGUCGAGGAAAUCUUCCACAUCACUCAGGAGCAAGAAAGCCUGGAUGCAGAAGAGUCAGAGGAACAUCAAGGGAACAUGUGCAAGGAAACUUUGGUGGUUACAGAAGAUCCAUCUGUGGAAGCAGCGCUGAUUGCCGGACAAGAAAUCGUUCCUGCCACUUCUGAGUUCAUCUUAGCUGUUAAUAGAUCGAUGACUGUAGAUGAGGACAGUUGGGUGAUAAUUCAAAAACCGGCUCGACCGCUGAACACCUCUGGACUUUUAGAAGAACCUGCACUCACUAGAACUAAAUGGUAUUCAGAAGAUUCUUCUCAAUUGCUUUCCCAACUGAGGUCCACAUGCACUAAAGUUUUAGAAGAUGCUUCAUAUAAGCCGCUCAGUGUCGAUGUAUGUGCUGAUGAAAGCACUAUUCACAUCACAGUUGAGCUUCGCCCGGAUGAGCUCACGUGUCUGAAUAAGGAUCCAGUGGACAUAAAGAGCAGCACAGAGCCGGAGCCGGAGGCUGAAGCUCUCAAACCCAGUCCAGUGGAAGCUGCAGAAGAAAAGAACCCGUCAGAGGAGGCCAAAGCAGCAGAAAAGACAGUUAUGAACUUUUUCAAAACAUUUGUCACUCCGACCAAAACAAGCAAAGAAGCCAAAGCCACUCCUGAUGCUUCUAAAGAGCAGUCACAGAAAGAAACCCCACCAGCACCAUCAACUAAUGUACAGGAAGCACCCAAGGCACCCCCUCCUCCUCCCCCAGCGCCACCUAAGAUGGAAAGCAAAGCAGAGCCGGCGGUGAAGAAAGAGGACACGUCUGCAACGAAAGCAGCCGCGGCAGCUGCAACAAAAGCAGAGGGAUCUGCCAAGAGCAAAACUAAAGACAGUGCAUUAGGCAAACUCUUCCGUUCAAAGCCUGUUGUGGUGGAAGAGAAAAAGCCGGUUGAGGUGCAGGUCGACGCGUCUAAGAGCAGCACUCUCGAGGCCGCCGCCAAACCUCAAGAUCCUCCAGCACCAAAACCAGAGGAGAAGAAACCAGAGAAGAAAUCCACUUUUGGAAGCAUGUUCAAACCCAAGGCACCAGAGCCCAAGAAGGAGACUCCAGCUGCUCCUCCUGCGGCAGAAGCUGCUCCACCUGUGAAGGCCAAAGAAGAGGCACCGCAAGCGACCCCGGACAACAAAUCAGCCGAAAGCACAGAGAACGCCUCCCCAAACAUGCCCCACAAGCUGGAGAAGAGGAACUCCUUCCAGCUGUUCUUCAAAAACCUGGCUAAGUAGAAACGCAGAGAUUCUCCAGGGCUAGGGAUCCCACUCAAACCUGUGAGCAUUUGCAAUCUGUGUAGUUUAACUCUUCAGCUGUAUGUAGUUUUCCGAUUAAAUGCUGUCGAGAAACAUUUCGUAAUUCUGUCCGAUGUCUAACCAUCCUGAGUAUUUUGAUAUUGCUGGCUAUUAAUCUUAAAACAGUGAUCUGUGAGGUGAUGAAAUGAUUAAUUGCAUCCAAACAAGUGUUUUAUUAUGUAAACAAAAACUUUUAUUUUGGAUGCGAUUAAUCGGCAAUAAUUACAAUACAAAAAUCAACAUUUACAGGGUGUGAACACCAUAUGGCAUCAAUUACCAUCCUAUCUAGAUUAUUAAAUUAAUUCCACAUCAGUUUAUUUGAAUUUUAAUAAAUGCUGAUUUUUAAAAAAAGUGAUAAUAUUUAAUUAAAUUGGGCGCAAAUAUAUUGCAUGUACAUUUUUUUUAUUGCAUGGAAUCUAAUAAUAUUGCAUGAAAUUUCAUUAUCUAAAUAUGUAAUUCUAAUCUUUGUUGCAAUGUAUAACUUCUCCAUAAAUAAACUAUUCUUUUUGUCAUGUAAUAUGAAUAUAAUUGUCCCCCAUUAUGGUUAUUUCAAGUGGGAUCGUCCCUGUCAGUUUUCUCAGAAAAAAAAACAUGACAACUAAAUUAUCGCAGAUAAUAAAGCACAGAAAUUGUCCAAAGUUGCUCUGGAUUCGCAGGAUUCGCUUUAGCAAAUAAAAGCCCAGUUGUCAGGGUUGCGAAGGGUUUAGCUUCAGACACCAUUAUGGACAAGUGGUAAAAAACACACACUUUCUUGCUAAGUUAGGAUCUCUAAUGUUGCGUUAUGCGUUGGUGUGUCUCACAAGGCUAAAAACGCCAUUCUGAUGCCGGAGUGCAAACGGAGCCUGCGGCACCCGAGAAGCCCAAAUAAAACCCCACCUUUGUUUUGAUCGCUCAUCUCUGCCAAAACCAUUGCGCAUAAGAACAUAUUUGCCAUAGAUGGGAGGUAUUAUGCUGAUUUACGAGGCCCAAAUUUGAAGUAACUAUCAAAUAAUAAUCCCCAUGCAUUUAGUGAGAGCAGAAGCAAGUGUAAUGAUAUACACUGUUAAGCAAGUGCCACAUGUGUUUUCGACUGGAGGGAGGAACUUGUUGUUUUCCUGCAGAGAACCGUGUCAGAGUUGUGUGUUGUGGCAUGAGAUGGAAAAGUGAAAGUGAAAAUGCAAUCCUGCAUUUCAGAUAAACUCCCUUUUCUGUGCAUGAUAAAAUGUCAAAUAUGUUAACUGAACUAACACUAUUGUCGUAUUGCAUUGCAAUUCACAUGCAUUAUGCAUUAAAAGCAUUGCAUUUUCACCUGGACAAAGCAAACAUCAUGCAUGUUUACAUGUGAAAAGAAAUAAUUUAUGUAAUCAUACACUAUCUGAUCUGAAAACAAUGACCUGUUGUCUGCUUAUUUCAAUCACUGAAACCUACAAAGCCAACUGGAAUUCCACUUAAAGUGCAAAACUUCUGAAUCACCAUAGAAAUCAAAAUAGUUUAUUUAACAUAAUGUCAAUCAAACUGAGCACCGUAUAUUAUAACAACUUACUUGGUUAUUUAAGUUUUCAACUAAAAAAAAAACCCUACACUUUGUUUUCAUUUCCACUUAGAAGAUUUAUUUAUUUAUUAAUCAUGACUUACUAACUAAACCACAUUGCAAUUAUUGUCUUGUUAUUUGCUUGGCCGUCCGGUUCUGACCAGGGGAGACUAAAAAGAAAUUAAUCUAGUUAAAUAUUUUAUUUUCUUUCUUAUUUUUAUGAACAGUACAGUUUGAGAUAAAUUUGUGGUAUAUAGUUAGGCCAUAUACAAUGUACAUUCAACUCUGCAGUCGCAUGUACUUUAUGAUUUUCUUCCUAAUUUUCUCUACAUUUGUAAAGAGUAGAAGGGCCAUAUUCAGAAUUCAGACUAUAUGCAUGAAUCUUAUACUGUCUGUAUCUUCUUUGUUGCAUAUUUCUCUAUUUAACCAAUGUAUAAAAAUAAAAUAAUAAUUUCUCUCCUCUGUAAAA